UUAGUUUUGAACAUUUUUUCAUCGGGAUCGAGAGUGAGAAAAUUCAGAAAGUUAGUGCGCAAAAAUUGAUGACGCAUACACGCGCUACACACAAAGAAAAUGGCAGACCACAUGGAGCAGACCCCUGUGACCACCACCUCAGAAUCCUCCAAGGCCCGGGAGACCCCUGGCUCCGUCCCCGUUGAGGAAAUGACCUCCAAAGACUACUACUUUGAUUCCUACGGACAUUUUGGGAUUCAUGAGGAAAUGUUGAAAGAUGAAGUCCGGACCCUGACAUACAGAAACUCCAUGAUCUACAACAAACACCUGUUCCAGGGGAAGAUUGUUCUGGACGUCGGAUGUGGUACAGGAAUUCUCUCCAUGUUUGCUGCCAAAGCUGGAGCUGCCAAAGUCAUAGGGAUUGAGUGUUCCAGUAUCAUUGAUUUUGGGAGAAAAAUAGUGGAGGACAAUAAGUUCAGCAAUGUGGUCACACUAGUAAAGGGAAAAGUAGAAGAGGUAGAACUUCCAGAGGGGAUAGAGAAGGUGGAUAUAAUAAUCAGCGAGUGGAUGGGAUACUGUCUGUUCUACGAGUCCAUGUUACAGACUGUCAUAUACGCCCGAGAUAAGUGGCUGAAACCAGGAGGAUUGAUAUUUCCCGACAGAGCCACGCUGUACGUAGCAGCCAUAGAAGACCGACAGUAUAAAGACGACAAAAUCAAUUUCUGGGACAAUGUCUAUGGGUUUGACAUGAGUGCCAUCAGAAAGAUUGCCAUCUCGGAACCAUUAGUUGAUGUGGUGGAUCCCAAACAGGUGGUCACCAACUCCUGCCUUGUCAAGGAGAUAGAUAUCUACACAGUCCAGGAGUCGGACCUGACCUUCACUGCCCCGUUCCACCUACAGUGUCGGAGAAAUGACUACGUCCAUGCCCUCAUUACAUUCUUCAAUAUCGAGUUCACCAAGUGCCACAAAAGGACAGGCUUUUCUACAGCCCCGGAGGCUCCCUACACACAUUGGAAACAGACUGUGUUUUACUUUGACCUGCUGGACUUGACCGUGAAGAAGGGAGAAGAAAUCCAAGGAACUGUCAGCGUCUGUCCAAACAAGUCCAACAAGCGUGAUCUUGACUUCACCAUUGAAGUGGAUUUCAAGGGAGAACUCUCUGAAAUGAAAGAGACAAUGAAGUACAAAAUGCGUUAAAAAGGACAGCAGUUACCUCCCUUGUAGAUGCCAGUGAGCUCCGUUUGAUUGGAGGAAAAUCCCAGGGCACAGAAUUCAUCACUGUGUGACAGUGAGCUGAUUGAGAGGAGAAUGAGACUCUAGGGUUUUAUACACAACUCUGUGCUUUCAUUGUCCUUGUAAUAAUAUGAUGUUUUUAUGUCAAAAAUCAAAUACUUUAGAACUUACAAUUUAAUGUAACAAUAAUAUGAUGUGUAUCCUGAUUCAGCAAUAUUACGUAGAAAUGUCUAGUACUGCUGUACCAGAUUAUUUUUUGUGUCUUUUGUUAUUGAAUUGAUAGAAAAAAUUGUGAUUAAUUUUGUCACAUGUAUAUAAAAUCAUUUAUAAGUCACCAACAUUUAGUACCAACACAGUACUGCAUGAGAAAAAUAAAUUGAGAUUAGAUAUUUUAAAAUAUCCUAAAUGUUUAGGAUGGAAAUAGAAGUCUGCCAGCUUCGAUGGUUGUACUCUAGUGCCAUGUUUACAUGACAUCUUGUCAGUUGGAUACAGAAAGUCAUUUUAUUGCAUUGUUGACUGCAGCUGUUGUAAAUUUUUAUUUUUUUUCCUGCAUCUGAAGAUAAACUUGGUUUAUUUUCUGCACUGGAUGCUUAUCAGGCUUCAGAACUUCAAAAAUAAAAUCAUUUUUAAAGCUU